GAGGCUUGAACGGAGCGCUCGUGCCGCUACGCGACGGGUCGGGCCGGGACGGGACGGGACGCGAUCGUGUUGAAUCUCGCGCUCCGCCGCCAGUGUCAGUGUGUGAGUGUGUGUAAAGUGCAGUGGCAGUGCGUGGGAGCCAUGACAUCCCAGUGUUGACCAACCAGUGCUCCGCGGACUACCCCGCGACGCGCUCCCCCCGACCGCCUUGCCGUUUCAACUUCCCCCGUCGAAGACAGCCUCGACGAUGGCGUCCGCCCAGAUGGACCCCCAGAGCGUCGAGUACGCCGUGGUGACGCUGCUGGAGCGCGUGGACGCCCUCCGGCGCGAGGGUCGCGGCGUGCCGACGCCGCACCCGCAGCCGCGGCCCACCGUGCAGGCGGAGCUGCGCACCCUGGAGUUCUGGCGCGCCACCAUCUCGGAGUGCCUGGCCACCUUCUUCCUGGUGUUCGUCGUGUGCGGCGCGGGCGCCGGCGCCUCCGGGUCGGCGGGUGCUUCCGGCGCCGCCCACAACAACGGCGCCCUGCUGGCCACCGCCCUGGCGGCCGGCUUCGCCAUGGCCACGCUGUACCAGUGCUUCGGGCACAUCUCAGGUGCCCACGCCAACCCGGCGGUGACGGCCGCCAUGGCCGUGACCAGGAACGUCACCCCGCUGCGCGCGCUCAUGUUCGUGACGGCGCAGUGCGGCGGCGGCAUCGCGGGCGCGGCCCUGCUCUACGGAGUGACGGUGCCCGGCUACCCGGCGCUGGCGUCCAGCGCGCCCCACCCGGGCCACAUGUCGGCGUGGGAGCGCUUCGGCGUCGAGCUCAUCCUCAGCUUCCUGCUCGUGCUCACCUACUGCGGCGCCACGGACGGCCACCGGCGGUCGCUGGGCGGCGGCGGCCCCGCCAUCGGCGCGGCCUACCUCGCCUGCUCCCUGGUCUCGAUGCCCUCGCUGAACCCCGCCCGCGCCCUGGGCCCGGCCUUCGUGAUGAACAAGUGGGAGAACCACUGGGUGUACUGGACGGGCCCCGUGCUCGGCGGCGUGGUGGCCGGCCUGGUGUACGAGUUCAUCUUCAGCCCGCGCCGCCAGCCGCGCCGGCCCUCGGACUCCAUCGACGGCGACUCGAGCUCCAUCCACUCCGACGAGGACCCCUACGACGACCUGGACAAGGGCGGCAAGAUGCACCACGGCGGCGUGAUGCGCUCCGUGCAGCCCGGCGGCGACAUCUACCGGCCCGUGGGCCCCGUGGGCCCCUCCACCCUGGGAUCCCCGGCGCCCGGUGGCCUCGGUGGCCUCGGUGGCCCCGGCAGCUACUGCCCCAGCCUCACGUCGGCCAGCCUGUACGCGGCGCCGCCCUGCAAGCUGGAGCGCGUCGAGUCCCUGUACGGCGGCACCAAGUCCCUGUACGCCAAGUCGCCGCCGCUCACCCGCGCCAACCUCAACCGCAGCCAGUCCGUGUACACCAAGAGCCCCGGCGCCAUGGGCCCCGCCCUGCCGCGCCCCGGCCCCCUCGUGCCCGCCCAGAGCCUGUACCCCAUGCGGCUGGGCUCCUCUGGACCUACCCCCGUCAUCGCACCUCAUUGCCUGGCCAGCCAGCAGCCGCAACAACAGCAACAGCAGCAACAACAGCAGCAGCAGCAACAGCAGCAGGAGCAGGUGCUGAGCAGCGCGACGCACAGCAGCAACACGACCACCAACCAGAACGUGCAGAACCAGCAGAACGCGGCGCGCCACGAGAGCGUCUACGGCGUCCGCGGCGCGGCCAGCGGCGCCGCGAGCACAGGCGGUGGCGUCUACGGCGUGACCACCGUGCCCCACCACGUGCCCAACCCCGCGCCCAGCCCCGGCGGCUCCUCGUCGGCGGCCUCGUCGUCCGGCAAGCAUGAGCGGGAACGGGAGCGCCGGCCGGAGAGCGUGUACGGCAUGGCGGGCCGGCGCCAGGACUCCAACGACUCGUCGUACGGCUCGUACCAGAGCUCGGCGGAGAGGGAAAGGCCCGGCACCGGCGGCCCCGCGGAACGCGACCAGCGGACGGCAGCCUCGGGCCACGCCAGCGGCGCCACCACCCCCGCCAACGGCCUGGCCAACGGCCUCGCCAACGGGGCCGCCCCCGGCGCCAGGCCCAACUACGCGCACCUGCCCCCGCUACCCAUGGGAGGGCCACCCCAGGGCGGACAGGGCGGCAUGCCCAUGCCCAUGACGGGGUCGCUGCCCGUGUCCAUGGGCGGCAAGUGCGUGGUGGGCGGCUCCAUCACCGUCACCAGCAACGAAAUAGACCAAAUACCAUCUGUAUUUGUUAGCACUUUAGUGAAUAAUUGCCCACGAUCUAAACUCGUGGUUGCAAUGCUCCGAGUGAACUGUACUAUUAGUGCAUCCUGA